AUGAAAAACAAGAAUGCAGAAAAAGUAGAGUGUGAGAAGAAGAAUGAUAGAAAAACUGCACUUAAAACUGAGCCCAGAGAAGAGGAGCGACGAGGGGGUGGAGCAUUGGGAAGUGGGACCAGUGUUUUGUUAUUGAAGGUCACGUGGCAAGGUGAAGCUCCACCCCCCCCACCAACCACCACCACCGACUCCACCGACUCGAUCUGCUCCGGUCAGUUACUACAAAAUGGCUGCAGAGGCUCCUCCGCCACCGAGAAGCUCCUGAACGCUUCAUGCUGUGAGAAGAAGCAAAAAACACGAGAAGAGAACCAUUUGAUGGAAGAUAAGAAAAAGAAAAAGCAAGAAGAGAAGAAAAAGAAAGAAGCUGCUCAGAAAAAGGCCACAGAACAGAGAACCAAAGUGCCAGACUCUGCCAAGCAAGACCCCGCCCCUCCUCUUCCCCCCGCCAGCCCCAGUGCCGUCCCGUCUGUACCCCAAAGCAGUGGCAAUGGCAAGCGCGCCCCCUCUGGAGGUCAGCCGCAGACAGCACAGCAGCCCCAGACUCUGCUCCAGCAGCGCUACCCGCCAAGAGAGGUGCCCCCACGCUUCCGCCAGCAGGAGCACAAGCAGCUGCUGAAGAGGGGCCAACCUCUGCCCUCCGGGACGCUGCCCCUCACCACGACGGGACGUCCCGCCACUACUGACCCUGCAGUAGCCAUACACUCCUCUCUCUCCUGCUCCUCUUCCUCCACAGCCAGCCUGCCUACAGAACUGCCCCCACAGAGUGGCCCGGGAGCACAGUAUGAGAAUCCCCUCUGGGGACACCUGCCAGCCAACAGGAGUGCCACAAGUGCUGCAUCUUCCACCAAUCUUAGUGGCUGGGAUCAACUAAUCAUUGACCAGAAGGACACAGAGGCUUGGCCUUCUAUUACCCUCAGCCAGAGCCAGGCCCCUCCAGGAGGAUGCCCUUUGGACACUGACCCUGGUCGCCUGACCAGCAGCAGCAGCAGUAGUACUAGCAGUAGUUGUAGUACAGUGAGUAUGGCCACAGGGGCCAAUAGCCAGACAGGCCACUUCCCUGCCAACCACCUUAGCAGCAAGGUCAACAGUGGGCCCAGCCCUGCCAAUCAUACUGGAACCAACAUGCUAUCUAGCCAGGUUGCAGCCAAUCGCAGCUGGGGCUCUGGGCCUGGACCCUCCCAUUGCCCACCUCAGUCCUCAGUGGGGAGUGAAGGGAAGAAUGACAGCCCAGCGGGGGGAGGAGGCAGCAGGGGCUGGGGGUCUUCUUCAUCAUCCUCCACCACCAACUUUAACUUGAACCUAAACCCUAAUGCCAACCCAUCCGCCUGGCCCAUGUUGGGACAUGAUGGGGGUGGCACAGGGGGAGGCAGCUCAGGAGGAGCCAACACCAUUUCACCUCCUCAACCUACACCCAAUCUCUGUAAUCCGCCUGGCCCCCCACCAACCCAGACCAGCAGCUGUACCGGAGUCAACACUAACAGCAACUCCACGGGGAUUGGCAGCGCCUGGGGUAGCAUAAUAGCCUCUGAUACUUCAGAGCCACACCCCUCCCCGUCCACGAAUGUGUCUUUCAGUUCAGAACCUCAGAACCUUAAAACUGAUGGACCAAAUCACACUAAUAAACAGGAACCCCCCAGCCCCAUCCGCAACUUGCCUGGCUGGGGCAGUGCACCUGUAGGCCUGGGUUCCAUGGGUCAGACACCCCAAGGGGGCCAACAGGUCAAUGGAGAAGAUAAUAGCUCAGUAUGGGGUAACAGUGGAGACUCAAAGGCACCUUCAUCUAAGGAGGCACCUGGAUGGGACUCUGGCUGGGGCCGUGGAGGAGGUGGAGCAGGAAACUCUGGAGGCUGGGGUGACCAGUCCGGUGGAAACUGGGGGAAGCAGCGCACUGAGGAGGCCCAGGGAGGCUGGGCUGCCCCCAGCUCUCCUCCACAGGAUCCACAGAAUCCACAGAAUCCACAGACUAGUCCUUGGAACAGAGCAGUGAGCACAGCUGCUGCAAGUGAAGGGAGCAGUGACGGCAUGGAAGGACAUCCCCAGAACAGAGACUCCUCAUCCAGAGAUAAUCCAGCUCCUCUGCUGCCUGCCCAGGAUUUGGACCCCAGGGUGUUGUGUAACACUGGCUGGGGACAGACCCCUGUACGCCAGCACACCUCCUGGGACAUGGAAAAUGCUAAACGCAAGAGUGAUGCAGCCGCUGAGUCGUGGGGCUCUGGCCAGACCACUCCAAGCGACGCUCAGGGGCCCUCCAACACUAACAUGGGCCCUUCUCAGAGGGCUGACCCUGGGAGCAAAAAUGAUGGGCCUGGUUCUCAGGGAGCUUCAGGUUGGGGUGGAAGCAUAGCUGCUAACAACCAACCAAGCUCUGGUUGGGGGGAGCAACCCAACAACAUUAAGCCCCCAGGUGGCCCUGGUGGCUGGGGCAAUCCACCAACAGGAGCCCCCCCACCCAGUAUACCCAAGAAUGGGGGUCAAUCCUGGGCAGAGGAGAAAUCAGCUGGUUGGGAUGAUUCCCGCAACAAGGCAACAUCCCAAGGCUGGGGAGAGCAACCCAAAGCAUCCCACAGCUGGGGCAAUAGUGCAGGAAGCAAUAAUGCAGGGGACUGGAGAGAACCAGAGGAGAGCAAAAAGAGUCCCACCAACCCAGGAUGGGAGGGAGAAGCAGGGGGCUGGAAGGAAAAUCCACGAGGUUGGGGCGUGUCUUCUUCAGGACCUGGGAUACCUGCAGCUGGAGGAAAUGGGGGCUGGGGGGAGCCAGUUUGCCAGCGUCCCAGUGGCCCUCCCCAAAGUUGGGGGGCCAAGCCUCAGGAUGGACCCAGUGGUGGCAAUGGUGGAGGAGGGAACAUGGGCUCUUGGGCUGGACCAGGACCAGGACCAGGACCAGGACCAGUGAAGCAGGCUGGAAGCUGGGGUGGCAGUAAGAAGGAGUCCUCAGCUGAGCCCACAGGCUGGGAAGAGCCCUCCCCACCUUCAGUCCGACGCAAGAUGGAGAUAGACGACGGGACCUCAGCUUGGGGCGACCCUGGUACCUACAGCAAGGCAGUCAAUCUGUGGGACAAGAACAAUCCAGGAAAGUCCCAGGCUAAAGUAACCACUGGAGGCAAUAACCCCCCAGGCCCCAACAACAACCAUUCCCACUCUCAUAAUCACCCCUAUCAAGGGCCACCUGCACCUUUACAGAACCACACCCAGAACUCCCAAAACCCAGGGCCCCCCAGUGGGCCCAUGGAUCCUGUUGUCCAACACCAGUCUGGGCCACCUCACAACAGGAGUCCCUUGAUGGCUCAAGGUUGGGGAGAGAUAUCCAGCCCUCAUACGAAAUCCGAGGCCUCUUGGGGAGAAGCUGCGCCCGCUCCGGUCAGCGUCGACAACGGGACGUCGGCCUGGGGCAAAACUAGUGGGAGCUGUGGGGGCUGGGGAGACAGCAACCCGGACAACUAUGGCAGGGGCAACCCGACGAUGACGUCUUCAUCUUGCAAACCUGCUCCCAAACCUAUGCAAGAAGGAUGGGGAGGUGGAGGUGAAGAGCUGAACCUGUCGGGUGGUCAGUGGGAUGCUGAGGAGGGAGACAUGUGGAACAGCGUUGCCUCCCAGGAGAGCAACUCCUCCUGUAACUCUUGGGGCAAUGCAUCUAAAAAGGGCCCACAUAAACUCUCCCAGGGAAAGGUUCCAGUGAAGCAAGAAGAUGCCUGGAUCAUGAAUCGUCUCAUCAAACAGCUGACGGACAUGGGCUUCCCUAGAGAUCCAGCAGAGGAGGCUCUGAAGAGCAACAACAUGAGCCUGGACCAGGCCAUGAGUGCCCUGCUGGAGAAGAAGACGGAGCUGGACAAGCGGGGGAUGGGGAUAGCCGGCCACGACUACAACAACGGGCUCAUCAACAAGCCCAUGAGCUGCCCUCGGCCUCCGCUCCUUUCCAAAGACCCCUCGGCAGACCCUCGCUUGUCCUUCAUGGAUAAGCAGAUGCAGAGUGGAAUGUUUGGCGGUGGUGGAGCAGCACAAGCCCGCGUCAUGCAGCAGCAGCAGCCGCCGCCGCAGCCGCCUCCUCAGCCGCCAGUGCCGCAUCUCAGUUCCUCUCAGCCUAGUCUACGUGCUCAAGUGCCUCAGUUUCUGUCCCCUCAGGUUCAAGCACAGCUCUUACAGUUUGCAGCAAAAAACAUUGGUCUGAAUCCUGCACUUUUAACCUCACCAAUAAACCCUCAACAUAUGACCCUUCUGAAUCAACUUUACCAGCUGCAACUGGCAUACCAGCGUUUACAAAUUCAGCAGCAGAUGUUGCAGGCGCAGCGCAACGUUUCUGGCCCCAUUCGACAACAAGAGCAGCAAAUUGCACGUACAAUCAAUAACAUGCAGCAGCAGAUCCAACAGCACCAGCGUCAGCUGGUCCAGGCUCUGCUGAUGAAGCAGCAGCAGCAGCAGCCGCCCCCCUCCCACUCGGGCCUGCAUCCUGGUGGGGCCAAAUCCUCCCUGGAUUCGUUUCCAGGUCACCCCCAGGCUCCAGGCCUCCCUGACCUGCAGACCAAAGAGCAGCAGUCAUCUCCCAACAUCUACAGCCCCUACUCUCUCUCUGGACUGAAUACAAACAUGAAUGUAAACUGCAUGGAGGGGGGGAGUCUGUCUAUGAAGGAACCCCACCAGCCCCAAUCACGCUUGUCGCAAUGGACGCAUCCCAACUCCAUCGAAAGCCUCUCUGGAAGCUCCUCUCCUCUGGAGCCCAACCUCGGCAAGCAUGGUUCAAACCUGGGCCCCCCUGGUAAGGCCCCUCAGCUGGAGGACUCCUACAGCCCCUACAGCUUGAUAUCCAGCUCAGAGUCUCCUACCAGCCCCCUGGUACCCCAAGACAACUGGGGGCAGGGCAAGAGCAACAGUGAUAAGAUGGCCAAUGGGACCAAUAUCAACUGGCCUCCAGAGUUCUGCCCCGGUGUGCCUUGGAAGGGCCUCCAGAACAUUGACCCUGAGACCGACCCUAAUGUGACCCCCGGCAGCGUCCCCAGCGGGCCCACCAUCAACACCAACAUCCACGAUGUCAACCGCUACCUGCUGCGGGACAGGAGCGGAGGUAAACUGUCAGAGAUGAAAUCGACUUGGUCUCCAGGCCCCAUUUCUCACAGCCAGGCUUCUCUGUCCCACGAGCUGUGGAAGGUCCCACAGGGCCCCCGGAGCAGCAACGUGGCCCCUACUAGACCUCCUCCUGGCCUCACCAACAGCAAGCCGUCUUCAACCUGGGGGGGCAACUCCCUGGGUCUGGCCCAAGGCUGGAGCAGCUCUUACACCACAGCAGGUACCACCUGGAGUACAGACAGCUCCACCAGGACCAGCAGCUGGCUGGUUCUGAGGAACCUCACUCCACAGAUUGACGGUUCCACUCUGCGUACACUGUGCAUGCAACACGGCCCCCUCAUCACAUUCCACCUCAACCUGACGCAGGGAAACGCUGUGGUGCGCUACAGCUCCAAGGAUGAAGCCGCCAAGGCUCAGAAGUCCCUGCACAUGUGCGUGCUCGGGAACACCACCAUCCUGGCAGAGUUUGCCGGGGAAGAAGAAGUGAACCGCUUCUUUGCACAGGGCCAGUUGCUUGGAGGAACAACUAGCUGGCAGGCAACUCCAGGCACCAAUCAGACGAGGAUGGGCGGGGCCGGUUCCGGAGCUUCCCACCCCAUCGGCCACUCGCCCCACUGGAACAACAACAACGGCAGCAGUGGCGGUGGGCUGGGAUCAGGCGGAGCGAAGGCGGGCGGAGAGUUGCUGUGGGGUGGCGUGCCGCAGUAUUCCAGCCUGUGGGGACCCCCGAGUGGAGAGGAGGGCCGGGUCAUGGGGAGUCCCACCCCCAUCAAUACCCUGCUGCCUGGGGACCUGCUGAGUGGAGAGUCCAUGUAGGACGGAAGAGCCCAGUCGAAACAAACACCAACAGG